UGCCUCUGACUUGGCCAGUGUCUCUCUGUGCCUUCCCUCACUUGCUAUUGCUCUUAGUGCUGGAGCCUCAGUCCCUCAUCUUUCUUUCUCUCUUUUCUAAGUCUCUUCCUUGGUCUUUGCUUUUAUCUCACUGGCCCUAACGCAGAGUCUUCCUCUACUUCCAGGCUCUUUUCGGAAUCUGCAGGCUUCCCUCUGCAUUGACUGGGUCUGUUGGUCUGGUCUGGAGGACCAUGGGUCCUGCGGCUGUGGGUGGCCUGAUGCCAAAGGAGGGAGGAGCCCAUGGGGGAGGGAUUGGCUCUAAAGCCACUUCAUAAAGACGGGGACUGCACGAAGCUUUCUGGAGGAGUCCUAGAGGGGCUGUUUGUUACAACAGGCAGACCCCAGGAGCUCAGCUGGGGCUCUGCAGUGUCAUGCCCUGGAGCCCCCUGGCUGCGCUGAGCUGGGCGCUGGUGCUGAGGCUGCUGGCUUUGCUGUGGCCCCCUGGACGGGGUGAGGCGUGCAGCUGCGCGCCUGCGCACCCCCAGCAGCACGUCUGCCACUCUGCUCUAGUGAUACGGGCCAAAAUAUCCAGUGAGAAGGUAGUCCCUGCCAGCGAAGACCCUGCUGACACUCAAAAACUGAUCCGGUAUGAAAUCAAACAGAUCAAGAUGUUUAAAGGGUUCGAGAAGGCCAAGGAUAUUCAGUAUGUCUACACGCCAUUUGACUCUUCCCUCUGUGGUGUGAAACUAGAAACCAACAGUCAGAAGCAGUAUCUUUUGACUGGCCAGAUUCUCAGUGAUGGAAAAGUCUUCAUCCAUCUAUGCAACUACAUUGAGCCCUGGGAGGACCUGUCCUUGGUGCAGAGGGAAAGCCUGAAUCAUCACUACCACCAGAACUGUGGCUGCCAAAUCACCACUUGCUACGCAGUGCCGUGUACCAUCUCAGCCCCUAAUGAGUGCCUCUGGACAGACUGGCUGCUGGAACGGAAGCUCUAUGGGUACCAGGCCCAGCACUAUGUCUGCAUGAAGCAUGUUGAUGGCAUCUGCAGCUGGUACCGAGGCCACCUACACCUCCGGAAGGAGUACGUCGACAUCAUCCAGCCCUAGUGGGGACCAGUAACCACUUCCUUGGAAGAGUUCUGAAGACCAAGCCAGUUCUCUGUGGUACUUUGGCCAUCACACCUGCCAUGUUGCUGCCAGAUGAUGGGGAAUGACAAGUGCGUGGCCUGGCCAGCAAAAUGGAGGCUGGGGAACAUGUGACAGCUUGUGUCUGUCGUUCACAUCUCCAGCUCACAAUUUGUCAAGGGUUGGAAAGUAGUAUGACUUAUCUUCCUUGCCCUCAGCCCCUCUCUCCUGUCUCCCAAACCUUGUUAGUCUAGAUUAUGCCUAUUACUGAGAGUUUUUAUUCUAGCUUUGUUUAACUGGCUUUUCUUAACUCAUAUGAUAAGGGAGAAGCUGUGACUGUCAUAAAAUGUACAAUCUUGUGAUGUAUGCUAUGGAGGAUGGGCUGACUGUAUCAUGAGCGAGCUGGUUGGCUAAAAUGAAAAGAAUACACUAAAGCUCCAUAUCUCCUCCUCCCACUGUUUCAAACUAGCCUAAUCCUCUGACACACUUUUAUCUGCUUGAAGGACGCAGUGAGAGCUGAACAGCCCACUCUUCCUCUUGUCCUGCAAGUCCCCUGAUACUUUUGCUGGCAGAAGGUCUGGCCCAGUUGGCAUACAUUUUUGGAAAAGAAAACUUACAUACUAGAACAAGCAUUUCCCUUCAGGUUAAAUAUCUCUAUUGCCUUCUGUUGGCGUCUGGGGACUUCUCUUCAGCUCCUUUAGGUUGCUAAUGUCUUUGUUCCUACUUUAGAACUUUGUUUUUAAACAAAACAAAACAGGUGAAACAACAACAAAGGUGUACCCCCCCCCCAUCAUGAUCUUCCUUGUCAUGAUCUUUUCCUGAGGCCAAGUAUUAGUGAAGGGAGAUAAUACAAGGAGUCUCUGGAGAAAAGAUGUAGCGUGGAAUACACCUUCACUUGCUUCAAGCUUCUUCAGCGGCUCUCCCUGCUAGGUGUUACAGCAGGAAAAAGCCAGCUGUGACCCUCACUCCCCUUACCACUGUAUCUUAGACUCUAGCUGCAGUCCCUUGAAGGCUUCUCAGCUCCUCUGUAAGUCUUCCUGGUUUGCCUACAUGGAAAAACACUGACAAUGGCCUCUGUGGUUUAUUAAAUCAUAGAACUCAACAUCCCCCAAACCUUUUCCUGGAGAAGACGGUAGACAUUAUCAGUUCUUUUUGACAGCUUAGGACUGGUUUUCAUUUUUGAUGUGUGGACAACUGUUAAGCAGGGCCAUGUGUGCUAUGCUGGGAGAAGGAGCUGGAUUUAGAUAAAGUGACAGGGAUCUCCUUUGGAGGAAGAAGUAGAAGGGACCAAAUAUGAUCUCUGUUGUCCCAGAACACAGCACUUGGAAGGCUCUGGCAGUGAGAUUCCAAGUGGGAUCAUCCAGUAAAAAUCCACACCAUCUGUGGGCAUAGGGUGUGGGGAUGGAGAGGAAGCUGGAAAGUAACCUCCAGGUUGCUCAAUGUGAAACAUCCUCGCAGCCUUCUACCAACCAUUUGUCUUUUCCUUCUGACUUCUGGGGGUGGACACAAAGGAGACACAGGACUAACUCUGCCUUGUCACAAUUUGGAGGAGCCAGGGAAAUGCAAGCCUAGUGAAGAAUAACAGAAGCAACAGCUUUUAUCUUAGGAGGCUUCAGACCUACCAGAAAGCUAUUACUUGAGGAAUUUCCUUGAAAUCGUGUGUAUGCUGUAUUAGAUAUCCUGGUCAAGAGCAGCUAUGCCACUUGGCAUGGUUGGGAAAUUGACAUAUGGUGAGGGAAUGUAACAUCCUUAGUGACACAUGGCAAAGCUAGAGCUACACAGAAAAAUCAUGACACUCCAGACUGUUGGUUCACAGAUUUGUUACUCUCUCACAUUAAAAUCCCUUUGCUUUUCUCUA